AUGAAUAAAGUAGUAGGCCUCUUUAAGCAGCCAAGUUUGGAUGAUUUAAUGUUUGAAUUGAAGUUUAAUGGAAAGCAGUUGGAGCGUUUUGCGGCAAAAGCCGAACAGGAAUCCAAAGCCAACCGAACUAAGUUGAAGAAGGCUUUAGAGGCCAGAAACGUUGAUGUGGCCAAAAUUCAUGCCGAAAAUUCCAUCAGAAAACAUAGAGAAGGUAUUCAGUAUUUGACGCUGGCUUCUCGUUUGGAUGCUGUUCAAGCCCGCAUUCAGACCGCCAUUACAAUGAAGUCAAUGACAAAGGACCUUGGAAAAGUUACAAAUCGCCUUAAGGCUAGCAUGAGGACCAUGAAUCUCGAAAAAAUUGAAAGCGUUAUGAGCGAAUUCGAAAAAACCUUCACCGAUCUUGAUGUACAUACUUCUACGGUUGAGACAUCCAUGAAUUCGGCUUUAGCCACAUCAGCUCCUGAUAAUGAAAUCCAGGCUCUCAUCAAGCAGGUCGCGGAGGAGAAUGGCUUGGAGGUCGAGGCUGCGAUGUUAGGCGCCCAGGUUCCCACUGAUUCCAUCGCCACAUCCAACAAAGAAGGCUCCGCGAUAGCUGAUGACGCUCUCACCCAGAGGUAA